AUGAUUAUUGUUGUUCCGGAUACUGGACCUCACUUUCCAGAAAAUUCAGAUUCCAACGUCAAUUCAAGGAUGGCAACACCCAAAACGGCUAGCCCUUCUCAUUCUCCAUAUCUUUCCAGUUUCCAUAUCUUUCCAGUUGCUCGUGAAGAAUUAUUACGUCGUGGUUAUUCUAAAGAAUGGUUUAAGUAUUGCAUGACUGAUAAUCCUAUGAAAGAAUGGAAGGAUUCAUGA